AGCAGAAACAACAGUGACAGCAGCUCCCGCUUGUUGAAACGCCACAGCCUGCAUGCUCAGUUAAUGUGGCUUCAUGCUUUUCAGAAGUAAAUAUUAAAUCAGGCUUGACGGUGGAUUCAACCCUCAGUUUUUCUUUUUAGCGCGGAAGGAGCUCAGCUGGUUUCUUCCUUACGGAUGUAAAACAUCCCGAGUGGCCCAGCAGCCAAGUCUGAAGUCUGUCGUCGCCGUGUGUUCAUCAUCCAGAGGCGGAAAGAAACAGAUCGAGUUUCUUAAAAGCUAAACUGUGCAUUAGCUCUAAGCUUCAGCUCGUCUCCAUCCCCUCCGGAGGGCGAUAAGGUGCUUCUGGAGGUGUUGGGAUGAACAGGUCCAGGUCCAGCUGGAAUAAAAAAGCCCCCCAGGUCACCAGAGUCACCCGCAGCUCCAGCUCCCAGGCCAGACACCCCAGUCCCACAGAGCCCCAGGACCCCGUCCCGGGCCCGUAUGGGAAACAGCGAAGGAAGCAGGCGGACUCGGCUCUGGCCCAGGACCUCAGCCAGAUGAGUGUGAGCGGGCAGGACGGUUCAGCUGCAAGUGAUCCCAUGCAGUCGUCUGAGUCCAGGUCUGAUCAGGGUGGUCCAUCUACCUUUGCUGCCAAGCCGUCGUCCCGUAGCGGUUUAGCCUCCGUGGUUCGGCUGGUGAAGCUCGGCCGCUGCAAGAACGUGGUGGUGGUGGCCGGAGCAGGAAUCAGCACAGCCAGCGGCAUCCCAGACUUCAGGACUCCAGGAACGGGUCUUUACGCCAACGUGGAGAAAUACAACAUCCCUUACCCAGAGGCCAUCUUCAACAUCGACUACUUCUCCAACGACCCGCAGCCUUUCUUCUCCCUGGCCAAGGCUCUGUAUCCCGGCAGCCACCGGCCCAACUACAUACACUACUUCAUCCGCAUGCUUCAUCACAAAGGCCUGCUGCUGCGGAUGUACACCCAGAACAUAGACGGACUGGAGAAAUUGUGCGGCAUCCCAGACGACAAACUCGUGGAGGCUCAUGGUAGUUUUGCCACAGCGUCCUGUCACCUGUGCUACACUCCGUAUCCCGCUGAGGAGGCUAAGUUCGCCAUAAUGAACGGCAACGUGCCCGUGUGCACAUUCUGCUCGGCUACAGUCAAACCCGACGUCGUGUUCUUCGGAGAAGACCUCCCUCAGAAAUAUUUCCUCCACACGAAAGACUUCCCUAAAGCUGACCUGCUGAUCAUCAUGGGCACGUCUUUACAGAUCGAGCCGUUCGCCAGCCUGGUGAACACGGUGCGCUCCACGGUGCCUCGCCUCCUCCUGAACCGACACGCCGUGGGUCCCUUCGAGAAGGUCCCGCUGCGGAGAGGGGACCACGUGGAGCUGGGGGACCUGGAGGACACUGUCCGGAGGUUCGCUGAAAUGCUCGGCUGGAGCCACGAGAUCGAAGAGCUGAUGAGGAGUCAGGAAGCACCGAGCGUCCCUGCAGUGGUGAGCAGUCCUCCCUCACAGAGCAGAGAAACAUCAGAGCCCCGAGGCAGGACGGAGACAUCCAGGUCCAAACCGGGAGUUCAAAGAGGAUCCAGCAGCGGCAGCGAAGAGACCGACUCCGAGACAGACAGCAAAAGCUCCGCAUCGUCCAGCCCGAGCAACUGACGCUGCACAUUUUUUUUUUUUUUUUAAAAAUGUGGAAACACACUGGAAAAGUUAGAGACGGUUUUCUGUCUCCACACUAAGACUGUUGCGCGCACACAUCUAUAUCUCUUAUCGUGUUUUUGUUUCGGGCCUUGCCUCUUCCUCCGAGAGAGUUAGCAGAGUGAGAUGUUCAUGCUGUGUUUAUAUGUACAAAUCAAAAAGUUAAUCAAGUUCAUGAAACGUAGUCCAAACACUAGAAAACACUCAAUGUAAAUGUUUCCUCGCUAUGUUUUAUACUUGAGGCUAAUUAAUAAACUUGUUUUAUAUCAGUAAAUAACUGUAUUAUGCACUUAUAUUUAAUAAAAUUAUUACAUAAUU